UUGGAAGAAACGGAAGGAGCUUCGAAAAAGGCUGCCUUGAAGAAAAGCCGUCAUUUACGAAUCUUUACGCGGCGUUGUCGCACGCCGCGGUGAGGACGAGGAGCGGGUCGGGGGGGGGGCGGCUCCGGAGCGACGCGGGGGAUGAUUGGGCACGGUGCGAAACGCGUGGAACGGAUGCUUUUGUGCGGCCGCUGACCCACGAGGAUGCGUACGCGCGAUGGGGUCCGUCUAAUCGCCGGAGCGCCGCUUUGAAAAAAGAAAAAACAAACCCACGAUGAUUUUAACAACUUUUGCCAUCCUCUUGUCAUUAUCGGCCGCCGACUUGGUGUCCGCCUCGAAGGGGGGCGGCGGCGAAGGCGAAGGCGCCGCCGCGCGCCUGGACUGCGUCAAGGCCAGCGAGCGGUGCCUGAGGGAGGCCCCCUGCAGCACCAAGUACCGCACCAUGAGGCAGUGCGUGGCCGGCCGGCACAGCGGCGCCGCCGCCGCCGCCGUCACGGCUCCGGAGGCGCGGGGCGAGUGCCGCAGCGCCAUGGAGGCCAUCAAGCAGAACCCGCUCAACCGCUGCAGGUGCAGGAGGGGCAUGAAGAAGGAGAAGAACUGCCUGCGCAUCUUCUGGAGCAUUUAUCAGAGUUUGCAAGGUAAUGAUUUACUGGAAUAUUCUCCGUACGAGCCAGUCAACAGCCGCCUUUCGGAUAUCUUUCGCUUGGCCCCCAUCAUUGCAGCCGAGCCGGCGUCCGCCAAGGAGAACAACUGCCUGAACGCGGCCAAGGCGUGCAACCUGAACGACACGUGCAAGAAGUACCGCUCGGCCUACAUCAACCCGUGCACGGGCAGGGUGUCGGCCUCUGAGGUGUGCAACAAGCGCAAGUGUCACAAGGCCCUGCGACACUUCUUCGACAAGGUGCCGAGCAAAUACAGCUACGGCAUGCUCUUCUGCUCGUGUCCGGCGGGCGACCAGAAGGCGUGCGCCGAACGCCGCCGGCAGACCAUCGUGCCCGCCUGCUCCUACGAGGACAAGGACAAGGCCAACUGUUUGUCUCUGCAGAACGCCUGCAAGACCAACUACAUCUGCAGGUCUCGACUGGCGGAUUUCAUGAGCAGCUGUCAGCCAGAAGCUCACUCCGUAUCGGGCUGCCUUCGGGAGAACUACGCAGACUGUCUGCUGGCCUACUCGGGCCUCAUCGGUACGGUCAUCACGCCCAACUACAAGCGGUCGCUGGGAAUCAGCCUGUCGCCCUGGUGCGACUGCGCCAGCAGCGGGAACGACAAGCCCGAGUGCGAGAGGUUUCUGGACUUGUUCGCCAACAACCGCUGCCUCCGGAACGCCAUCCAGGCAUUCGGCAACGGCACCGACGUGGGAGUGUGGCAACCUCAACCCCCCAUCCGGGCCACCGUGUCGGCGCCCGGCGGCGACGCGGCGGACGCGCUCGCUGGCCCGAGUCAACCGGACCCGGACGGCGACCCGGCCGAUCACAUUUGCCGCACCUUCCAGGCCCAAAAACUGGUGUCCAAUCGCACGGAGGAUCCUAUGCUGUGCGCGACGGGCGACUCAAACGCCAUCGCGAGAAACUCACCGGCCAAGCUGUCCCGUCUCGGCGCGUGGAGUCUGCUCCUGGCUCUGGCCUUCGCUUUCACGCCAGCGACGACGUUCCAGCUCGGAGGAGUCCCGCUCUUGUAGAGCCUGUCAAGGACCACAAGUUGAUCAGGACCUUCCUCUACAUCUCCCAAGGAUUUGACCAAACCCCCACCCCCAUAAAGAAAAAAAA